GCAGACGGUAGGACUAAAAAACAGACAGUAAAAAUAGCACACCUUUGAAAUUGCACGUUAAUUUAGAAGAAUUAAAAUGUAUUUCUGAGAUUGGAAGAUGCAUUGCCAUCCUUCUGGGGCAAUUGGUAGCCUAUUUAACAUUUUCACAAAAUAGACCAUCAACCAUAAACAGUCAAUGGCAUCAACACAUUACCCUGGUGCCAUAGCUUCAAAUGGGCCAAGAUCGAGGAGUCGACAGUAAACACAAAAGCCAUAAAGUAGACGAAUCUGCAGCUCCUCCCCGUCAUCUUUGCUACUUUUGUAACGGUAGUGAAGUCAAACUACAGAAGUCACGAUGUACUCGGAGAGAUGCAAACCCAAUCGAAAUACGUAUUGGAAUGAUGGAUUUCAACAGUGUCAACAAUGCAAAUCAAGGUUUCCAUUAAAAGCAGGGUAUGAGUUCUCUCCCAACUGCGGCUUUGAUGAUCAGGGUGGCAGGCAUGAAACCCCCUACGUUCCGUGUAACCCCCAAACAUUCAACAACGGGAGUUUUGUCGAAUGCCAGUCAUGCACCAUUUGUUCUGUGAAGACUAUCCAUAAAUGCAACACUACAGUGGACGCGCAAUGCUGUGAAGGGGAGGAGGAUGGAUGCGGUCUCGGAUUUACGACAAAAAGGACAACCUUGGCUUCAACCUUGGGAUCAACGACAAAACUUCCACAAUUCACCAGUGUAACACCUAAACAUUUUCUUGGUUUGAUGACAUUUACAACUGUCGUUGUAAUUAUUCUCCUAUUAUUAGUCGUCUUCUGGAAGAGAAAGCAAAAACACAGAUACCCAUGUUGCAAAGAUAAUAAAAAGCAGCCAAACUGUACUCCGAUCACAAUUGAGGAGGAUCCCUUAUACAAUGGCCACUAUACAAACCACUAUGCAACCCAGUCACAGGUGGAAAAACAAGAUACCCUGAGUCUGGAGAUCCAGUCUGCACCGUUGCAGAUAGUCCUGGAGAACCUGGAUGUUCUGGAGGAGCUGGUGAUCCUGCUGGACCCAGAGAGGCCAGGGGUGAAGAACACCACCCACCUGGCCUCCAGAUGCUCCUUCCCAUCCACAUGGAUCACCUACACCUACUCCCUGAGGGCGACCAGGAGCCCCCUGAAAGCAGUGCUGGAGGGGGUCACCACCAGAAAUCCUGACUGGACCGUAGGACACCUGGCCCAGCUGCUGAAGGAGAUGGACCGCAAUGAUGCAGUGGCAGUGCUCACUAAACUCUCCCUGGCUCAGGAAAUAUCCUUCCUGCCACAGUAUAACUUCACUGAAUAAUUUUAUACGAAAAGUAUGUAUAACUUAAAAUCCGCUGUUACUUUUUUUAUUACUUCAACUUGUAUUGUAUACUUAAAUGUAAAAUCUGUUUUAACACGACACAUUAAUUCUCCCAUUUUAUGUUCAUUAAAAAGCUUUGUAA